GAAAGUAUGCCACAAACGCCUCCCUUUGCAGCUAUGUUUGACAGCAGUGGUUACAACAGAAACCUGUAUCAGUCAAAAGAGGACAACUGUGGAGGACUCUAUUACCAUGACAACAAUCUCCUGUCAGGGUCUCUGGAAGCCCUCAUCCAGCACUUAGUACCCAAUGUAGAUUACUAUCCUGAUAGAACAUACAUAUUCACCUUCCUGCUCAGUUCGCGGCUGUUCAUGCACCCGUAUGAGCUAAUGGCCAAGGUUUGCCAUUUGUGCAUGGAGCAUCAGAGACUAAGCGGGCCUGGGACUGACAAGAGCCGGAUACGAAAAAUUGCACCCAAAAUCCUUCAGCUAUUGACUGAGUGGACAGAGACGUUUCCGUAUGAUUUUCGAGAUGAAAGAAUGAUGAGAAACUUAAAGGAGUUGGCACAACGAAUAGCCAAUGGCGAUGAGAUGUAUCGGAAGAACGUACAGCAAAUCAUCCAGAGCCUGAUCCGAAAACUUGCCUCUCUUAGCCAGUAUGAAGAAGUACUUGCAAAAAUCAAUGCAACAUCCACAGAUCGACUGACAGUCCUGAAGACCAAACCUCAGUCCAUACAGAGGGACAUAAUCACUGUCUGCAAUGACCCUUACAUGCUAGCCCAGCAGCUGACUCACAUAGAGCUGGAGAGGCUCAAUUACAUUGGACCAGAAGAAUUUGUCCAGGCGUUUGUACAAAAGGAUCCUCUGGACAAUGACCAGAGCUGUUAUGCUGAUCGAAAGAAGACCCGUAACCUGGAAGCCUAUGUAGAAUGGUUUAACAGACUCAGCUACUUAGUUGCUACAGAAAUCUGCAUGCCUGUGAAGAAGAAGCACAGAGCAAGAAUGAUAGAAUAUUUCAUUGACGUGGCCAGGGAGUGUUUUAACAUUGGCAACUUUAACUCCUUAAUGGCGAUUAUUUCUGGUAUGAACAUGAGUCCGGUCUCCCGGCUAAAGAAGACCUGGGCAAAAGUCAAGACGGCCAAAUUUGACAUUCUUGAGCAUCAGAUGGACCCUUCUAGCAAUUUUUACAAUUACCGAACCGCUCUGCGUGGAGCAGCUCAGAGGUCCUUGACGGCGCAUAGCAACAGAGAGAAGAUCGUGAUACCUUUCUUCAGUCUCUUAAUCAAAGACAUUUACUUUCUCAACGAGGGCUGUGCCAAUCGCCUUCCAAACGGCCAUGUCAAUUUUGAAAAAUUUUGGGAGUUAGCGAAACAAGUGAGUGAGUUUAUGACAUGGAAGCAAGUGGAGUGUCCGUUUGAGAGGGAUCGGAAGAUCCUGCAGUACUUGCUCACUGUCCCAGUCUUCAGUGAAGAUGCACUUUACAUGGCUUCCUAUGAGAGCGAAGGUCCUGAGAAUCACAUUGAAAAAGACAGAUGGAAGACUCUAAGGUCAACACUUUUAGGCAGAGUUUAA